CAUUUUAUUUUUUAUCGUGAAAAGAAAAUAGAAAAAGAUGGCAUUUGAAAUUACAAAUCCCGUAAUAUCUUUACAAUCCUUUGAUUAUGCAUAUGGAGAUUUAUCAUUCAACUAUGGAUUUGGGGAUCAUCCGUUUCAAUUCCAGUGAUAUAAACAUUGCAGAUUCAAACAAAAAAUGGAUCCCCAAAUAUCGAUUAUUCAUCAAUGACGGAUUUCUUUUUGCGAAUGUUGUGAUAUAAGUUGUUUUCGUAAAUGAUUCAGCAACGAUUUUGGUGAAAGUGAAUGGAGAGUCAAGUGUUCAACCUAUUACGGACCAAAAUGAUGAGGCUGUGACCCCCAACUUCUAUCACUCACCACGUGGGACCAAGUAUUGGAUUCCUAAUGUUCCUACACCUUUGAAACCUGCUACCGGAAUGGUGUUUGGGAGAUGGGAAGACGCUGUUACCUUGUACCAAGAUUAUGCACAAAGGGCUGGCUUUGACAUCAGGUUAUCAACUGUUGCACGUUAUAAGGGUGUCAUAACACACAGGUACAUUGUAUGCAGCAGAUUCGGUAAUCCGAACUCUAAUACUGGUGACUCCAUGGAUGUAACACCAGCAUCAUCCAAGCAACGUAAUAGCAGUUUUAAGGUCACUGAUUGCCAGGCAUGCAUAAAACUUAAACCAGUUAAAGGUACUGAGGGGUAUAGUAUUUAUAAGUUCAUUGAGCCCCAUAACCAUGGUCUUGUUGAUGUGGACAACAUGGAUUUAACAAGAGGGAGAAGACAAUUAACGUUUACGGAGCAGGAGUUUAUUCACAAAGCUCAAACAUCUGGGUUUGGUGCAACUGUAUCGCACCGGAUGCAAGCCUCUUUAAAGGGUGGCGAACACUUGGUAAGAGGUACAAAAACUGACCACAAGAACUUUGCUCGAGAUAUUAGGGAGUUUAUCGGUGAAAGAGAUGCGCAAAUGGUCAUCGAUAAGCUGAAUGGUAACAUGCUUCACUUGGAGAACUUUUAUUUCAAUCACACCGUAGUGAAUGGUGAGCUAAGAUCACUUUUUUGGGUGGAUGAUAUAUGCAAGUGUAACUACAAUGCGUUUGGUGAUGUGGUUGCUUUUGAUGCUACGUACGAUACAAACAAAUAUAACAUGAUAUUUGUUCCGUUCACUGGUGUCGACAACCACCAAAAAUGUGUUACGUUUGGGGCUGGGUUGCUUUACAACGAAACAAUUGAGUCGUUCACGUGGUUACUGGAUUCAUUCCUUAAGGCCCACGUCAAGCAUCCACGGUUAGUGUUAACGGAUCAGGAUGCGGCCAUGAAACAAGCGGUUUCCUCUGUUUUUACAGAAUCAACACACCGUCUUUGCAUGUGGCAUGUCACAAAGAAACUACCAGCAAAGGUUUGUGGUGACAAGUUGGAGAACACCGACCUUCGGUCGCGUAUUCACAAACUUGUAUGGAACGUGUUCAUAAAACCUUCCACGUUCGAGUCGAGAUGGAAAGACCUAAUGGACGAGUUCGAUUUAGGUGACAACAAUUGGCUGAAUGACAUGUUCGAAAUAAGGGAUCAAUGGGUGCCGGCUUAUUUCAGAGAUUUACCAAUGUGUUGUCUGAUGAAAACAACAUCGAGAUGCGAGAGCUCAAAUUCAUUAUUCAAAGUAUAUUCCUCAUCAGGCAACACACUUGUCCAGUUUAUGCUAUGUUAUGAAAACACACUGAAUGCUCAACGCUUCGAACACCGUCGUCUCCAAUACGAAACUACGACAACGUCACCAAAAAUGUUGACAAGCCUACCAAUUGAACGUCAUGCUUCAUAUAUAUACACGCACAACCUUUUCAAAGAAGUUCAAAAGGAAAUCCAUAAAGGGUUAUAUUCGUGUGGUCUUGAUCGCGUAGAAACAGUUGAUGGUUGUAGGAUUAGCUUUGUUAAUCAUCAUGACAAAAGCAAGGGGUUAGUUGGGGAGUUUAAGGUUACUUUCACUCUGAACGAUGGUACCAUCGAAUGUUCAUGUAGGGGGUUCACACGCAUUGGGUACCUGUGUAGGCACAUUUUUUGUGUCUUUAGGAACAUGAAUAUUGAUGUCAUCCCAGACCAGUAUGUUGCAUCGCGCUGGAGGCAUGAUGUACUACCACCUAAAAUCUUCAGUAUUGAUGCUAGGUACUUAGGUGGUAGAGACGAAAAAACAAUCAAAAGACAGGAGGCAACAACUUUAUUCAAUGAAUGUGCUGACCGGGUCCGUGGCGACCUCGAGAAUCUGAUUGAUUUUGUGGAGGACAUGAGGAUGCUAAAGGAAAAAAUAUACCAAGCAAUUCCAGAGAAGCCUGCGUACAAUAGUAAGGCUGUAGUCAUAUCAGACUUGACCGGUUACUCUGAACCAGAGUCCGUUACAGCCACAGCCCCUAAGGGAAUACGGAACAAAGGUUGUGGUACUAGUCGCCGUUUGAUUGGACCGGGGGAAAAAGCGGUGGAACGAAGCCAAAAGCCAAAAAGGUUAUGUCGCACGUGCUUUACCUAUACAACACACGACUCUCGCAACUGCAAAGCCAAGGAUCCAAAGGGUAAAAAGAAAGCGAAAAAGUCUUCCAAUUCAAAAGGCAAGGGGGCGCAGGACGAUGCUUGACCCAUCCUCUAGUUUCUUUAUUUUCGUUGUGUUGUCAUGUCAGCUUUUUUUUUUUUUUUUUUUUUGCAUGUCCCUUCAGUAUCGUACUUUUUAUUUUGAAAUAAAGAAAUCUGGAACAUUUUGAUACAUGGUUUUCUUCACUUA